ACCCGCACGUGCUACGUCAGCUGACCCGCAGUCUCGUGCCCGGCCAGCUGUAGUGAGCCAGCCAGUUAGCUAGCCAGCGCGCGCGCUAACCCCUCCGGGAAUCGGGCGACAAGGAACCGAGUUCGGGCGAGCGAGACAGCGACCUGCGACAUGGCCGAACAAGGGGAAGAGGUGGUGACAGGCACCCAGGUGUCGUACAUAGGAAAAGAUUGUACUGCCAUUCCAACAUUCCUUUCUAGAAAAUACGGACAUUUUGCCAAGAGACUUGAUUUGAGCUUCAAUUUGUUAAGGUCCCUGGACGGGCUGGAAGGCUUUCAAUCACUGGAGGAGCUGAUAUUGGACAACAAUGAGCUGGGAAAUCAUGUUUCAUUUCCACCACUUCCAAGCCUGCACACCUUGACGCUCAAUAAGAACCAACUGACUGACCUGGACCAUCUUCUAGACUCAGUGGCUUCUGCAGCUCCUGCAUUGGAAUACCUAAGUCUGCUUGGCAAUCAGGCAUGUCCCAAUGGGCUGGUUAGCAUUGAAAAGGAUGAAGAUGACUAUCAGCGAUACAGGUACUUUGUGCUGUACAAGCUUCCAAACUUGAAAUUUUUGGAUGCCAGCAAGGUUACAAAAAAAGAACACGAAGAGGCAAUAUCCAGAGGCGCCUUCAUGAAAGUUGUAAAGCCAAAAGAAAGCAAGGUUGCCAGUAGUCCAGAUUCCAGCUCUCCAGACUUGCCUUACACCCCGCUGCCAUCUAUGUCCAGGGAUCCAAAUCAUCACAAAGGUGUUGCAGGGAAAUGUCGUUAUGUCUACUAUGGGAAACAUUCGGAAGGCAACAGAUUUAUCCGUGAUGAUCAGCUCUGAUUAGUACCUUGAACCUUAUUCCGUGUCCUCAAUUUUAUCUUCCUCGUGUACCAUUCUGAAUCAAUGGCCAUCAAUCCGUAAUGUGGGGAAAGACGGGUCAAAACUGAAAAGGAACAUUAUCUGUGAUUGCAAUAUCUAAUUAUUCACAAUUUGGAAGAUAAAUGGAUUUUCCUAUAUCAUUUUCCAUACAUUCAAUUAAAAUAAAGAUUUUUAAAUGAAAA